CCAGGUCCAGGAGCGUACGUUGGUGGACCAAAAGUUGGCGGGCCAGGAGCGUACGUCGGUGGACCAGCAGUUGCCGCAACAGGAGCAUACGCCGGUGGACCAGCGGUUGUCGGUACAGGAGCUUACGCCGGCGGACCAGGAGUUGUCGGUCCAGCAGCUUACGCUGGUGGACCAGGAGUUGGUGUUGCAAAUGGAGGAGUCUCCUAUGCACCCAGUGGUCCUGUAGCUCAAGCAGACCCUCCUGCUGCGCAAACUUUAGCCGACGCAAAACCCGUGCAAGUUGAGGAGACGCGCAUUGCUGAAGAGUCUCCGUUAGACGAAACACCAGCGCGAGAUCCUGCACGACGACGAAUCAUUUGGCGUCGAACUUAA